AAGUUCGCCCCCCCCCCCCUUUCCUCACGAGGCCCACUCCCCCGAGUCCUCACCUCACUUCUUCCCGCGGCCUCUCGGCACCGGAGCGGAUUCAUGCUCGGCCUCCUCCCCGCCCCGCCUCGCCCGCCAUGCAGAACAACCACGGCAAGGAGCGCCUCUACAAGAUCCUGGUCAUCGGAGACCUGGGCGUGGGCAAGACCAGCAUCAUCAAGCGCUACGUGCACCACAACUUCAGCCCCAACUACAGAGCCACCAUCGGGGUGGACUUUGCGCUCAAAGUGCUCAACUUGGACCAGGAGACCGUCCGCCUCCAGCUGUGGGACAUCGCAGGUCAAGAAAGAUUCGGCAACAUGACCCGCGUGUACUACCGCGAGGCCAUGGGCGCCCUCAUCGUGUUCGACGUGACAAGGCCCGCCUCCUUCGAGGCGGUCACCAAAUGGAAGGAGGAUUUGGACUCCAAAGUGACGCUGGCCAACGGGAAGCACGUGGCCACGGUGCUCCUGGCCAACAAGUGCGACCAGGGGCGGGACGUCCUCACCAAUAACGGAAUCAAGAUGGAGCAGUUCUGCCAGGACAACGGCUUUGUGGGGUGGUUCGAGACAUCCGCAAAGGAAAACAUCAACAUCGACGAGGCGGCGAACUGCUUGGUGAAACGCAUCAUCUCCAGCGAGAACGACAUGCUCCGGUCGGAGGCGCCGGACACCAUCACGCCCCGCUUGGAGACGGACAAAGGCGGGACGUGCUCGUCCUGCUUCCGAUCGCAGUAACGGCUGAGUCGGUGCGUUCGCCGAGAGCUCGUUGAUGUC